AUGGAUCUGCAGACCUUCGUGGACCCAAACCUGACGGAGCCCGACCUCAUUGUUCUCAAGAAUCUGCACCACGACAUUGCCGAGUGCCAGGGCUCUUCUGCAGAGGAUAACAAGGAUACCAGCACACUCCGGAAAAGGAAUCCGUCUGCAAAGACCGACGACCAUGAAGACGAAGCCGCCAUCUCCAAGCUGGAAGCUCUCAACGAUCCCUCGAAUGCCUCGUCCUUCGAGCCCACGGUCUUCGUGACCUUCGACAUGGCCCAUCUACGUGCCCGGCUGCCAGCAAGCAUAUACAACAACGUCCUUCUGCCCUACAUCUCCUUUGCCCAGAAGAUCGUGCGCGUCGAAACCGACGUCGUGAUGCUAACGCAUUUGCUCCUCUACUUCUCCACAUCCGUGCCUUCCGCCCUCCUGCUAUACCGACACUUCACCUACACGCACGGCGUGCUGCAUUGGCUCAUGCAAAGCUACUACGUGGGCACGUACACGCUCAUGAUGCACCAGCAUAUACACAUGGGCGGCAUUCUGUCCAAGGCAAACCCGCUCAUCCACGCUUUCGACGUCCUGUUUCCCUACAUCACAAACCCGCUGUUCGGGCAUACCUGGAACUCGUACUACUACCACCACAUUAAACACCACCAUGUCGAAGGCAACGGACCCGAUGACCUCUCGUCAACGAUCCGGUAUCAGCGCGACUCCGUGCCGGAUUUCCUGCACUAUGUGCUGCGGUUCAUGUUCUUCGUCUGGAUCGAGUUGCCGCUCUACUUUGUCCGACACGGGAAAUAUGUACUGGGUUUAAAGGCGUUCGUAUGGGAGGUUAGCAAUUAUAUUGUUCUCGCCGUGCUGUACAAGUACGUCAAUGCGCGAGCGACGACGUUUGCCUUCCUGCUGCCCUUGCUCAUGCUCCGGAUCGGUCUCAUGGUUGGCAAUUGGGGCCAGCAUGCUCUCGUAGACGAAGACGAUCCGACGUCUGAUCUACGGAGCAGCAUUACCCUUAUCGACGUUGCAUCCAACCGCUUCUGCUUCAACGACGGCUACCAUACCUCGCACCACCUCAACCCGCGCCGCCACUGGCGCGACCACCCAGUCGCCUUCCUGCGCGCAAAGGGCAAAUAUCAGACGGAGCGCGCCCUCGUAUUCAAGAACAUAGACUAUAUCAUGAUGACCGUGAAACUGCUGCAACGAGAUUACAUGUACCUCGCCAAAUGCCUUGUUCCCAUCGGCGAGCAACAAAUUCAAAUGUCCCUGGAGCAGAGGGCGGACAUGUUGCGGACGAAGACGAAGAGGUUUUCCGAGGAGGAUGUUAAGGCCAAGUUUGGGCUGUGA